AGAAAAGGAAGGGUGGAAGCAUGUUGCACGGAAUUGGGCGCAUGGCGUGUCCCACCUGGCGGAUCACCGCAGUGCAUUGCCGCCGCAGCUGCCGGCUUCUCUCAAGAAGAUUUGCACGAGCCCAACCAGUUGGCGUCGGGAGGACCACCAUCGCGCAAAGGCUUGCGUUUUGGCAUCAUUUUCGGUGCUCCGGCAGCCAUGAAUAAAGGUGCCCUCCACACGGGUCGACUGCACGUCUGCUCGUGACCGGCUCCAAGAGAAGUGACACAGGCUGCUAGGAGCCAAAGGACACUCUCGCUUGCUUUGACCAACUACGGGCCCAGGAGUGGCCGCUCAUGAUAGAGCGCGUGAUAUAUGAGGUCUUUAUCAAGAUAACACUUGUCACUGCCUGUUUGAUGACCCUACUUUUGGACGGCCAAAGUAGCCAUCGAAUGGUCAUGGUGUUUUUGGGACUGCCGUUGAACAUAGAUCACUUUGUUUUUCCUGCCUGUGUGGGACGCUUGGCCAUUCGCAUGCACCAAACAAUACUCAAAACCCCGAGGCCCGCUGAGUGUUCUUAACAUUUGCUUACUUCAUCUUACUUCUCAGCAUUUGUUUUGGAGUACACAUCCACUUAUGGAUUUUGGAUUUCAUGAACAUCCUGCAGGCGCCAGGGUGAAAACCGAAAUUCAUUGGAACUUGUUGGCAGCAGAGUGGAAUACAUUUUGCAGCAGCAUGAAGAUCCACUAUUGGGCUGUCCAUGCUGCAGCUGCCUUCAUGAUCAUUGUAGGUUUUGGAGUUGCGAUCUACAUGGUGUUCCAUUUUUCUGGCGCUCUGGAUCCACAAGACGGAUGUUCCUUGUGGCAUGAUGCCUGCAAUGACAAUUCCCACGAUGCUGAAACAGCUCAGACGCUGAAAUGUGCUUCUCAGAUGCUUGUCAUUGCCAACAAUACCAUAACUACUGUAUGCAUAGUUUGGUUGGAGAGAGCACCUACAUGA